AUGCCAUUACUUAUUGGUGCCAGUGGUUUAUCAGCACUGUUUCUGUUUCAGUGGAAAAAUUGUCCGUUUGAAGAACUACUGCUGCUUGCAAGAUCGCACGCGAUACCAUCCAAGAUGGCUGAAACCAACAACAAGCCGGGGGGCGAACAUCAACUUUCAAAAACUGACAGGCCCUUAAAUGAUGAAAACCACAUUGACGGCAAGAAGAUCGUUGCGCGUCACAUCCGAGGAACUGUCAAGUUUAACGUCAAAAACGGCUAUGGGUUUAUUAACCGCGCAGAUACAGGUGAUGACAUAUUUGUGCAUCAAACAGCUGUCGCCAAAAAUAAUCCAGAGAAGUAUCUAAGAUCACUGGGCGAUGGGGAAAAUGUUGAGUUUGAUGUUGUUGAGGGACAAAAAGGUCCAGAAGCCGCAAAUGUCACUGGUCCUAAUGGCAGCAAUGUAGAGGGCUCGAAAUAUGCUGCCUACAGAUACAGGGGAUCUAUUAAUCGUGGUAAAAAACGAGGAUAUCGUCGACGAUAUUAUACUUCUGGCUACCAGCCACGUAGAGGAGGUUCAAGAAGAGCCAAUUCUGAAGGAGAUUUAGCUGAUGGAGAGAAUGGUGAAAAUGAGAAUGAAGAGGUGAGAAGGCAAGGCCGCGGAGGAUUCCGUUCCAGUCGUGGGCGUGACCGUUUUCGCAGUCGAGGACGUGGCCGUGGAGGGCAGCGUCGUCGUGCAUCUGAAGGUGAUCAGCAGGAUCCCGUAUCAGGGAACCAACAAAUAGAUGAAACUACAUCGCGAAGAACUGGUCGUGGACGUGGUCGUGGAGGUAGAGGCCGCCGUGGAGUUCGUAACAUGGAUGCUUUGAAUGGUGAACCGGGAACUAAUUUACGUGCUGCAAAUAGUGGAAGUAAAGAAAGUGAGCGUUCAGUGUCAGACAUGAAAUCGCCUUCUGACCAUUAA